AUUGGGUGCAAAGAUGGGCGGAGUAAUCGCGUAAUCCGCAAAUCCCAUCCACAUAAGAGCAGAGCGACUGCUCCCCAAAAUCAAAAUGGAUGAAAUGAGGUUCUCAUAUCACUUUAUUCCAAUCUUGUUUCAAGAUAACUCAAUAUAGGAGACACUGGUGGCUUAAGAUCAUGAAUAGGCUUUCAGCAAUUAGUUCUUCAGCGCUUCAGCAGAUGGUUCUGAAAAAGACAGCACAACCAGCUCUUCUUAAAGUUGAUACUCAUCACCAUUACGUGCCUGAUUUCUAUGCCAAAGCCGUGGAAGAUGCGGGAGGAGAUCCCAGCGGAUGGGCAACUCCAAAUUGGUCGAAGGAGCAUUCGAAGGAGAUUAUGGAACGGCUUGGAGUCCAGACAGCAAUUUUGUCGGUAACAGCACCCGGUGCAUGUAUUUUGAAGGGACAGAAUUCCUACGAUCUCGCCAGGAGACUUAAUGAAUACGGCGCUUCCUUGCGGAAUGAAUGCCCUGAAAGAUUUGGAUUUUUUGCGAGUUUGCCAAGUCUUCUUGACACCGAAGCAGCUUUGGCGGAGAUUAAGUACGCGAUUGAUGUUCUGCACGCCGACGGUGUAACUCUCUUCACCAAAUACGGUGAAGGCAAUGUUUAUCUUGGCCACCCUUUACUUCAGCCAAUCUGGGCUGAAUUAAAUCGCCGCGAAGCUGUCGUGUUUGUCCAUCCUUCCUCACCCGUCGAUACGAACAGAAUAAAUGCAAAAAUGCCACAGCCCAUGAUUGAUUAUCCCCACGAAACGACUCGGGCCGCCAUGGAUAUGAUCUUAAUGGGCACCCGACAAAAAUUUCCAAAAACCACGGUCAUACUUUCUCAUGCCGGUGGCACCCUCCCAUACCUCAUUAGUCGAGUUAUAACUCCGUUGAAACAGGUUCCCGAUACAGCAGCCUCGGUCACGCUGGGUACAACAUAUGAUCGGGCGAUAGCAGAUUUGCGCAGCUUCUACUACGACCUAGCACUCUCAUCUUCCAAACAUGUGUUAGAUAUGCUACUGGCAAUGGUACCUCACGACCACAUUUUAUACGGGAGCGAUUACCCAUAUGCACCAUUACCAGCAUAUUCAGCUUUUCGUGACGAACUGGAGAAGUAUCCCAUGGCCGAUGAUAUACGGAAGGACAUAUAUUCUGCCAAUGCGAUCAGAUUAAUCCCUAGACUUUUAAAGCUUAAGCAGAGCAUGUAACAGCCCAGAACGCAUAAGCUUUAACAAAUAUACUGAGAAGCAGCUACAAUUUGAAUUAUUCUUUGAUACUUUGGUCUUCAGUAAAAUGAAUGCCUUGUGUACAAAGACACGGUCAAUUGCAC